AUGAGUUUUACUUGCGUCAGUUGUGCCCUUCAAUUUGAAGAUGUCGGUGGUCAAAGAGUUCAUAUGAAGUCAGAUUGGCACAGGUACAAUCUUAAGAGAAGAGUUGCACAACUCCCACCUAUUGAUGAAGAAACAUUUAAUUCAAAGAUUUCUACUUUGAAUUCUGAAGAUCUCCACCAUACAAGUGAUUCUAAGAAGCAAGUUACGAAGAAAGAGCUUAGAAGGAAACAGAAGGAAGCACUUCAACAACAAAAGAAUGAUCUCAUGGCAAUUAGAGAGGCGAUCCAGUCGAAAUUAACUAUCCAAGAACCUAUUAAGGAGAGUCUGGAGGUUCAGGACGAGGAUCCCAAAGUGUUAGCCGAUACUCAAACUGAAAAUUCAUACCUGCAACCGCUUGAAGAAGAAAGGUUUAUUGAAGAAAAGCUAGCGAACAGGGUCGAAAUUGGGAUCACCACAUGCUUGUUCUGUCCAGAGCAAAAGAAUUCAAGUUUUGAGACCAUUGAAGAUAAUAUCGACCAUAUGUUCAAGAAGCAUGGUUUGUAUUUACCGGAGACGAAAUACUUAAUUGAUAAGGAGGGCCUCAUUAAAUAUUUGGGUGAAAAGAUUGGCCUUGGAAAUGUUUGUCUAGUUUGCAACUAUCAGGGACGCAACGUGCUGGCAGUAAGAGAGCAUAUGAGUGCGAAGAGACAUAUGAAAAUUCCUUAUGAAACUGAAAGUGAAAAGCUUGAGAUCUCAGAUUUUUACGAUUUUUCUUCCACUUAUGACUCUGAUUUGAUUAUUGACACUGACGUAAAUGACGAAGAAGACUGGGAAGAUGUAUCAGGAGAGGAUGAUGACGACUCUGAUGAGGAAGAUUCGGUUCUUCCUCAUAGCACAAUAAUUUAUAACACAGGAUCCGAGCUAGUGUUACCUUCUGGGUCUGUGGUAGGCCAUAGAUCUCUUGCAAGAUAUUACCGCCAGAACCUUCCUCCAGACAGAAUAUUGUCGGAAGGUCAGGGGACUGUCAUUGCGGCUGAAUCACGUCAUUUCUUGAAUUCGAGAUCCAAACACGACCUCGCCAUUCAGAAGAGAGCCUGGGGCAGAGAGAAGAAACGGGACGAUAUUAAUGAUCGGAGAGCUGCCAAGUUCAUUAACAAUCAGCCUCAUUUCCGUGAUCCUUUGUUACAAUAG